AUGCAGCACUCCAACGACCAAUCCUUCGACGAGAUGAAGACCGCGAGCGUUGUAAGCGUCGACAAUGCACAUGCCGAGGUUGAGAGCGCGGUUCGAGGAGACGACCAUAUGCCGCAAGCUUCCGAAGGUGUUUCUGUGGACAACCGCGAUAUCCCAAACUCUGCGCCGGUUCACGCCCGUUUGUCGACAUGGGGCGACGAAUGUGUCCCCUGGAGCCACUGCAGAGGUCGCAACCUGCCGCGCCCCAUCGGAAGCGAGCGGCUGAAGAAGCGGCCGCGAGCUAUAGCUCAGCGUCACACCCACGUUAGGUCACCAUGGGAGGACCCGUGUAUCCAGGCUGGGGUUCACUGCAGUUCUCCCAACCAGAUUAAACCUCCUUGGGACGACCCGUACGUCCCUUGGGGUCACUACGGCGGUCUCAAACCGUACCGCACCAUCGCAAGCAAAAUGCUUGAGUUGCAUGGAGUUCGAACUCAUUGCGACUGGGAGGAACACACAAAUCAGGUACGCUAG